AUGCCUGUAAUCAAGGAAAAGGAAGCAGCUGAGAGAAAAAGGAAGCAGGACAAAAAGAAGAAGUUGAAGGAAAAGAAAAAGGCCGCAAAAGCCGAAGAGCUGAAAGCGUCUGGUUUGCCGACCAAGGGCAAAGGUGGAAAAGGCGCCAAGGGAGGUGCGAAGGGCAAAGUGGCCGUGCCUGGCCGCACUCCAGGUGCCAGCACUACAAAAGACGACGAUGAAAUGGAGGUGAUACCAGAAGUUCUUGCUGGAAAUGAUCAGCCUGAAGAUGAAACUUUCGCGGCGAUCAUGGAAAGGUUCAAGUAUGUGGAGCCGGAGAACAAGGAGGAGGCAGACGAGGACGAGGAGAAGCCAAAAAGGCGGACGAAGCCGAAGGCAUCUCUUCUGGAGGAAGCUGAGGACAGCGAAGAUGAGGAACACGAUGCCGGAAAGAUGUCUAAGAAAAAGCGGCGAGUUCAGAACCGAAUGUCUGUCGCAGAACUGAAAACUCUCGUCAAGAGACCCGAUGUGGUCGAAGUCUGGGACACGACAGCAUCUGAUCCGCGACUCCUGGUAUACCUGAAGGCAUAUCGGAACACGGUUGCAGUUCCAAAGCACUGGAGCAGCAAAAGAAAGUACAUGGCGGGAAAGCGUGGCGUCGAGAAGCCGCCUUUCCGGCUGCCGGAGUUUAUCGAAGCCACGGGCAUCGCGAAGAUUCGUCAGGCGAUCAUGGAGAAGCAGGCAGACAUGUCAUUCAAGCAGCGAAGCCGAGAACGCGUCCAUCCGAAGAUGGGUAAGUUGGACAUCGAUUACCAGGUUCUGCAUGAUGCCUUCUUCAAGUUUGCAUCGAAACCGAAGCUGUCGAAGCAUAAUGACAUGUACUACGAGGGCAAGGAGUACGAGACGAAGAUGUUGACGAAAAGGCCUGGCCACCUGAGUGCCGCACUGAAAGAGGCACUUGGGAUUCACGAAGGGAGCCCCCCGCCUUGGCUCUUCAACAUGCAGCGUUAUGGGCCUCCUCCGGCAUACCCCAAUCUGAAGAUCCCGGGACUGAAUGCACCCAUCCCUCAGGGCGCAGAGUAUGGAUAUCACCCCGGUGGUUGGGGGAAGCCGCCCGUCGACGAGUUUGGGAACCCGUUGUACGGCGACUGGAAGGACCAGGCACCAGCACCCUCAGGCCCAGAGGAUCACACUCUUUGGGGUGAGGUCGAUGAUUUUGAAGAGGAAGAAGAUGAAGAGGUGGAAGCUGAGAGGGGGGAUGGCACCGCCACCCCAAUGCUUGGCACGGCCACUCCACUGGUUGGUUCGGGCUCUGCAACUCCUGUUGUGUCACAUGGAGUACACAGCAUCAGCGGUGUGUCCUCGAUCACCAGUGGCAUGGACACACCUGGCACGGGUACACGAAGCAAGAAGGGUGGGAUCGCCUCAGUGAGUGGCAUCAGCUCGGCCUCCCUCACUCCGACUCCGCAGCUUUUCCAGGUUCUCGAGGAGCAAAAAUCAAAGUCCAAGAAGGGUGUUUACCCAUCUGCACACACCUACAAAGUCGGCAGCAGGAGUGGAGGCGGCUCGUCGACGCCAGUCGGAGGUGUGGGCAGUUCUGGCACCGGUACUCCGGUGGCUGGCAUUGGAACUCCGAUUGGUGGCAUUGGUACUCCCAUUGCCGGCAUCGGCACUCCUCAUGGGAUUUCCACGUGUGGGCCCGAGGCAUUGUCAGGACACCGCAGGGCAUCACCACCCCGCUUGGUAUGGGGUCCGCAGGCAAUGGCGGCCUUGCUUCCUGUCCAGUUCAGUCACGAGUUGCUGAGGUGGUGUUCACACGCCCGCGACCGAGUUUUCAUCGAGUUGUCGUGGAGUGUCUUCCGCCUCGCUGUUUGUGGUAUCGCGACUCCAGUGGGCGGCAUCGCCACUCCGGUAGGCGGCAUUGCUACACCAGUCGGGGGUAUAGCAACGCCUGUGGGUCAGCAUACACCUGCCGGAAUUGCAACUCCGGCUGGGGGCGUUUCCACUCCCACUGGCAUUCCCGGUGGCAUGGCACCGACACCAGUCGGCGGAGCAGACACUCCGGGGCCGGUGACCAUGAAUCUGAACCCAGAGCAGGUUGAGACAGAAGGCAUUCUCACAGCGGACAUCAUUCGUCAGCAGCUCAAGCAGCACGAAGAGGCCGCCGCCAAGGCCAAGAUUGCAGCCGGUCAGAAGGAGGUGGAGCAGAAGAAGACGGUGGCUGCCAAGCCGACCAAGAAGCGCAAGGAGAAGACAAAGUUCAAGUUCUGA